GCAGCAGCGACGAUCAGCGUGUACAGCGACUGCAGUGCCAGCUGCGCCAGUCGCAGUCGCGCGGUGCAGCCGUACUCGCCGCGUUGCACCUUGUCCCGUCGCGUGCAGCGGAUGCACGCGAGGACACGGCAGUGCCGCGUGUGAAUACUGAAUAGUUAUAGUGCGAUCCCGACACGGAACGCGGACGGAGGAAGAAAGGAGGAAACGGACGGACGGACGAACGCGGUCGCCGAUGCGCCACGCGCGCCGCGGAUCGCGCAAUCGUGCGUGCGACGACGUCGUCGCGUAGAGGAUAUACCUAUCUAUCUCGCGCGGCGAACGAGAGAGGAAGAAACGUACGGUCUGUAACGUAGGGGAAGAAAUCUAGCAGCGGAGUGUCGACGUCGUCACCACCGACCGACCGACCGACCGACCCUGCGGUGAGAGAGAGAGAGAGCGCGCGCUAUUAAUACGGUCCUGUGUGUUUUUCAUCGAUACUGCCCGUCGCCGCACACGCUACGCUUAUACUCCGUCGCUCCGUCGCAUAACAGGUCGAUCGCGCGCACCAGCGCGAGAUCGCACACUACAUCGCCGCUCUAUAUACUGUCCCUGAACGGCGCGGCGAGGGAGCGAAGUCCGCGAAGCGCUGGACCUCCAUUUCUUCUGGAAGCGGCCCGAGGACGCGCGGCGGUGACAGCGUGUACAUACAUAUACGUCGUCCGUGACAAACUGUGACGGCGCGGUGUUACCAGCUCCCCUCCGCGUCCCGCCGCGGGACCACGUCGUCGUCGUCGUUGUCGUCGUGUGCGUGUGGCGUUUUGUGAAACUGUGCCCCUGCAGCCAUCCCCAGAUGCCGUCUAAGGAUCACCGCCGAGACUUUCGCCAGCCACGUGAUCGGUUCAACGUGAACUUGAUGAAACGAAGUAGAUAGAUGACAACCUUCUUAGAACAAAGGUAUGGCAAGCUUGAUGGUGAACACCUCUAGUAAAAACAGUUCGCGCAGUGGAUCUCCUAGUAGAACGACUUCGACGUCUCAACUGCAUCAGCAACAAUCGACAGCAAACUUGGAUCACACUCCAAGAUUGCGUAAUGCCCCAAUUUCCCAAGGAGAGGGUAGCACAGGCAGUGGAAGUAGUGGUGGCGGCGGUACCGGAAGUAGCCUCAACAUGAAAGCCAGCAGUAGACAAAGGUCACCGGGAAAUUUAAUUCGCACGGGGGAUGCCAUGGAUGAACCAAGUAAUACUUCAAACACUGCCGAACCAGACGAGUUUGUGCCAAAUGUUCAUCCACCGACUGAUGACGAAGGAGAACAAUACCAUACAACCCAAUCGUUCCUAUCGAAUGGCUCUUCUGAGUUGAUAAGCGAUGAUGUCGACUCUAGUGCAACACGAGUUCGUCAAGCUAUCGAACACAUUCAAAGCAAAAUUGCUAAAACGCGUGAGCAGAUAAGAAUAGAACAAACCACGCGGGAUGAAAACGUCAAUGAAUAUUUGAAAUUGGCUGCUAAUGCGGACAAGCAGCAAUUAACGAGGAUUAAAACGGUAUUCGAGAAGAAGAAUCAAAAGUCGGCGCAUAGUAUUUCGCAGCUACAAAAAAAGUUGGACAGCUACACGAAAAAGUUGAGAAAUUACGAGAUGAAUGGCGCACCGACGAGUCACAGACAACCGAGGGAAAUGUUACGCGACAUGGGACAAGGGCUUAAAAACGUCGGAGGAAACAUCAGGGAUGGAAUCACUGGUUUUUCAGGAACUGUCAUGUCUAAACCAAGAGAGUUUGCUCAUCUGAUUAAAAACAAAUUUGGAAGUGCUGAUAAUAUAAAUACUCUAUCACAUGGCUCGACUUUUUAUGUAAACGAUACACCGCAUGCAGGUAAUGGUGAUAACGCUAGCGUUGAGGAAGAUAAAACUCACCAUGGAUCGGCUACGCUUCCGGGUGGAUGCAGUCUGGGCUCUACCCAGAGCGCGGCGGCCAUGAAGUUCCCGUCUGAGGAGGGAUCCGAGUGUUCUAGCGUAACUAGCGAAAGCGGCCCCGGCAGUAGAGGACAGCCGCACACGUGUCACAGUAAUAAUGCAGCCUUGAGUCUCAAAUCUAUUUUUGCAGAACUACAGGAACACCGGGAGAACCUUGAUCGAAUGAGAGAAAAAUUAGAUAGUGUAAAGACAUUACAGCAGGAAGUGACAUAUCUUUCCCAUUCCCUCCAAGAAGAACGUUUCAGAUGCGAACGUUUGGAAGAGCAGAUUAACGACUUGACGGAAUUGCAUCAGAACGAAGUGGAAAACUUGAAGCAGACUAUUACGGAUAUGGAGGAGAAGGUGCAAUAUCAAAGCGAGGAUAGACUACGAGAUAUACAUGAGAUGUUAGAGAGUUGUCAAACUAAGAUAUGUAAAAUGGAACAUCAGCAACAACAGCAUCAGCAAUAUGUGACAUUGGAGGGUUUGGACAAUAGCAAUGCGAGAGCGCUGGUUGUAAAAUUGAUAAAUGUAGUAUUGACAGUAUUGCAAGUUAUUUUGCUACUCGUUGCAACGGGUGCUGGUAUCAUGAUGCCUUUUCUGAGAACUAGCUGUACUAAGCCUCAUUGUUUCAUGUGCAGGGUGCGUAUAUUAACGACGACAUUCGUCGUACUGGGCAUAGUGUUUGUGCUAAAGCAAUGGCCUGAGGUACAUGACGUCGGCAGCCACCUCAUGCGCCAUCUCAAGCAGACCCUCGCCAUGAAGUAGCAUUGUAAGUGAAUGAAAUUUUCACUUGGUGCUUAAUUGCCGUUAACACGUAGAGAUCACGUAGCGCGGUAUAUUUCAUACGAAGAGAACAAAAUAUGAAAGUUCCUAGAUAACUUGUCUCAGAGAAAGAGGGAAAGGGGAGGAGAGAGUGAGAAAAAAAUAUUUUAUGUAAACAGUGUUUAUUUUAGGGUGGAAUACUUAAAUUUAAAUCAAACCCUGUGAUGAAGCUGGGCUAGAUUGGACACAUUGAUUGAAACCUUGCAUCCAUUUAUCAGUGUUAUAGCACAUUGGAGCAAUAAUAGUAUGUAUACGCGUAAAUAAGUUUAUCUUGUAUCUUGGGUUGUUUAAAUUUAUUAUUAUAAGAUAUAUGUAUUUUUGAUACCGUUAUUUAAAUUGACGAAGCUACUUUGCUGUAGGAAAAUACGUGAUUUUCAAAUUAAUUUGUAUUGUACAAACUUUUAAUUAAUUUCAUUAUUUAUAUCUCCUCGUUUUGCUUUUAACUUUAUGUUCACGAUCACGUGACAUUAGCGAUCUAUUAGUGCUGAACAAAUGACACUAGAGAAACCACUAUAUUAAGGCACGAAGAAUUGUCGAAAUACUACACAGUGACACUUGGCUUGGCUAUGUGUGGCACAUUAUUACGAAGAUUUAAUUUCAAUUAGCCGUAUAUCUCUGCGUUCGUUUCUUCGAGCGAAUGUAAAAGUAGUGUAAAAGAUAUCGAGAGAAAAAAAAAAGAGCGUUAAGUGAUGCACGCCAUUGUCUUCAACCUCCACGGGAUCGGUCCAGUUACAAUUUGUCAAUGUACAAUCGAUUUGUUUUAAAUCCUCUUGGAUGUAUGUGUCGAUAAGUCAAAAAUUUGUAACAUCCAAAUCGUCCAAAUGCUAAACAAUAAUGUAAAUUAAGGCAGAGCUCUUAUAUCACUAGAUAGAUAGCUGCUGUCCAGCAUUGUAUAAAGUAUGAGGUAGCGCUGUAUAUUUACUUGUUAUUUGUAAUAUCCGAUAAAGGUGUAAGUCCUCUAGGAAAUGCAAGCUUUUUUUAAUUGUUGUUGCAUUGCAUAAAAUAGCUAGUAUAUAAAUUGAGUCGCGCAUGCAAUGAAAGGGAAAUGAAGAAUUUCGCUGAAGGCUGCAGGAAACGUUUACUUUCAAGUUGGAAAAUCGUUGGAAAAUCGUGAAUACCGAAAUUUGAGUAUAAAUAAAAAUGUCAUACACACAUACACACAUAAAUGUGCAAUGCAUGUGCUGCGCUACAUCCGAUAUCAAAGGAGGACCAACCGUCUCUUUCCUCUUGUCCUUGUCGAUACGAUUUACAUCGCGCACAUUAUAUAUAUAUAUAUAAAUGACGUUAAAGUUAUGAUAAUGAAGACGAGAGUGAUUUUCAUUAGUCCAGUGAGCGAUCUAAUCAUAAAAAAAUCAUAAAUUUGCAUGUAUAUUAUAACGAGCAUAAAGAAUUGAUCCAUGACAGUUAGUUGAAAUGAGAGAAAGACUGAAGGACUACAUUGCUGUAUAACAAUUAUGUGUUUACUUUAACAUUGGCGCUAUAAUUUUAAGUGUUUAGUAUUGGAAAUUGUAACAUUUUAAUACGACAUCAAUAUGAGAGAUAAUACCAAUUUGUGGAAAAGCGAAGUAUUUGAUACACGCGGUAAAAAUAGAAAACGGGUUAAAAUAAACAACAGCAUUCAGAAACAAGAUUUAGUAUCUGCUUUGUGUUUCUUCUUUGUAUCGUUAUUCCAUUUUGUAACCGAGCAUAAAUAUGACUUACAAUACCGGUCAAAAGUUUGGACGCAUCUGUAUACGGCUGUAAUCCAUAAAAAAGACAAAAAUAUAUAAUGUACAGAAAAUUUAUCGCGUGUAAAAACUAUAUUUGAACGUAAUUUCAACUUUAUUGAAACAGAAACACAUAACAAAAAUAAAUAUUUGUAGUCAUCUAAUUUUUAAAUUUUGUCAGUCAUAGCUUAUUUUCAUCAUGUACCCUCCUCGGGUUUUUGUCACAGCAGCACAAAUUUUUGGCAUUCUUUUUAUUAGUUUACGUAUAGCGUUUCCGCUGGAAUAGUUUCCCAAGCAAUUUUUAGAGCCUCAAAAAGUGUAGAAGAAAUCGCCUACUCUCUGACAAGCGUAUGGCACGCGAAGAAGCUUUUCUUGGUUUUUGAGGUGUUUCUGGUACAAUUUUGACAUAUUUAGGAUCAUUGUCCUGUUGAAACACGAAGCUUUUAACUACGAGGCGCUUUCUAGAAGGCACCGCAUGACAUAUUAUAAUCUUAUGAUAGUCCUCUUUUUUUUUAAUUUCAUCGAUUUUAAUUAUCCAGUAAACGGGAAGUAAUUAAAAUAGAUUAAAAUUUUUUAAUUUAUGAAGUCCAAACUUUAGAUCGGUACUGUACAUAUAAUAUUCACUGUCUUGCAAUACAUAUUUCUAGCUUUCACAGUCUGGAUGUGUCUAAUAAGCACUGUUGUUACUCAAAGCAAUCGCAGCACGAUAUACAUUAAAAUUAAAUAAUUAUUUGUACAAGGGAAAAUUUUGUCUUACUUUAGAAUCAUUUUAUCGUGCCGCUCUUUCGUCUUGCACAGAAAUUUUAAUGUUUAUCCUUAUUUCACGCUGUACGUGUUCACAACGGAGUAAUAGUAACUUAUAAUUAACAGUUCGGUAUCUGUGUCAGUUUAGAAACGUGUAUAGCGAAUAGAAUAGCGCAAACUCCUAUUCAGAAUUUUAUUUAAAAGCUGCCUGUAACUGUGUACAAAAGAGAUAAUUUAAGAGAUAAUUUAUGUCUCGUUGUAUCGAAUAUUUUAUGUUGUUGACAAUGUAUGUUGUAAAAAUUAAUUUGUAUUAAUUUAGAAGCUUGCAAUGUGAGGGAUAAGAGUGUCUGGUAAUUCAGCAAUUGACCGCAUGGAAAUUGAAGGCGUGAUAAGGUAAUUUUAUUGCAGAGAGAUAUUCAAUUCAUUCCUGAUCUCAAAGCAAAUGAAAAUUUGACUGUAUAUUCGUCACACCAGUAAAUAUUCGUUUUUCUUUCUCGUUGUCAGUCGAUUAUAAAUUUCAUCAAAUUUCAAAUCAUAUUCCAGAUUAUCUGCAUGGUAUUACUUUAAGCAGUUUAAUAAUCGAUAUACCCCCCCACAAAAAUGUUUUAAUAUUUUCAAUAUUGUUUUUCAUGUUCCUGUGGUAAAUAUUACAUUUCGGAUAAAUCGCUGUGAUUAUACUAGGUUUAUGUAUAAGCUUAAUAUUUAAGAAGCAGCUUUGGGAUCAAUAUAAACACAACUGAAAAAUACUGCAAAAAAAAAACGUAUAUGUUGUAUAUAUAGAGAUUUUUCUCGAAAACCAUGCACCGUUCAUUACAAUGUGUAACAUUCGAGGCAAAUGAAAACGCAUUGGUUUAACUGAAUAUCUCCGUUAAUAUCUUUUUUUUUGUUAUAUAAAAUACAUGUAACUAAUCUAAGAUGUAAGUCUAUUUAGUAUUAUAUAAUCAUAAGUAGCCAAAAAUAUAUAGGGUGUUAAGAAUACAUUAAUUAAUGUACAUAGCAUUAUGUUACAUUUGUAAAAAUCUUUAUCGAGUGUGAUAAACGUUUUAAUUGUAUUUCAUUGGUUCUCCAUUUAUAUGUCAUAAUUUCUCUAAAAAAGAAAUAUCUAUAAAAAUGGAAAUGAAUCCCUUUCCAUUUGUAUAUCAUUAGAUAAUACAUGAAACACCCUGUAUAUUUAUAAUUUUAGAUCAUGGUGCUUUGUAAUAUACGUAUUUAACACUACUAGGAAAUUAGAGAAUUUAUUCACGCGAUCGACCACCGAUUUACUGUGGGCCCCUGCACGCUUACAAAAUAUCGCGCGAUUAUACGUACAGGAAGGAAGCUGGGUAAUUAAAGUAGUGAAUAGUGCUCCCCCCCCCCUCCCCCCCCCCACCAAAUCGAAAUUCUAAGGGAUCGAGUUAUUAAAACAACGACGAAUGUAUUUUGUACCUCAUUGAGAACGUCGCAUAAGUUUCCGUUUUUCUACUUAAAAAGCCGUUUACAAUUUUAUAUGUAUUUUGUAUUUACGAGGCCACACGACGUGUCACAUAAAUGUGUAUCGUAUAUAAUUUUGCGGCGAUCAAUUGACGAGUCCUGUUAAAAUAGUUUGUCGUUCAACCGUAUGUAGCUUUAGGGGCCCCGUAUGUAGAUAUAGCGGUAGGCAAACAGAAUUAUUAAAUAAAUUAUGUCAUCGAUGCCUUGCGUAGGUAGUUAAUGUCAAAUUAUAGAGAUAAAUAUUCGUUGUCAAUUGUAGAACGGUAUAGGCGAAGCCAGCAGCAGUGUUAUUGUAAAAGUUGUUAUCACGUACACUCUCCAUUGUACAUAUAUAACAGCUGCGUUCAACUGGUAUUCAAGGUAAUAAAAGGAAUAUUAAAAAAAAAAGAAAGAAAACUGAACGUAAAUUUAUAUAUUCAUCUUUCGAUACGCCGAUACUUUUUACGACGCGCAUUGUUAACGACAGUGUUUUAUUGCUGCUGGUAGAGUCAACGUACCGAGGUACGUAAAUGAGCAGCCUCUUCGGCAACAUUAUUUCGUACUGUCAAAAUAAAGCGAAUUUUCACAGUAAA